AUCUUAGAAGUCUCAAAAGCAGCACUCUGAAGGGCAGCACUACUUCAGAACCAAGGAGCCUAAAGUCCUAUUCUACCCGUCCAUCAGGUCCCAGUUCUUACUACGUGGGUGCACAUGGCUCUGUUACGAAAAGUUAAUCAAGUGCUGCUUCUCCUUCUGAUUGGGACCCUCUGUGGGAUCGUGUACAAGAAAAUUCGUAAAGGAGCUGUGCUCAGGAGGGAAACAGAUGCUGCUGCCAUGACUCCAGAGGAUGGGGAAGAGGAGAUCCCGGUGGUGAUUUGUGCGGCUGCAGGGCGCAUGGGCGCAGCCAUGGCUGCCAUCAACAGCAUCUACAGCAACACUGAUGCCAACAUCAUCUUUUACGUGGUUGGGCUACGCAACACCCUGCCUCGAAUUCGAAAAUGGAUUGAACAUUCUAAACUGAGAGAAAUAAAUUUUAAAAUCGUGGAAUUCAACCCUGUGGUCCUCAAAGGCAAGAUUCGACCUGAUGCUUCAAGGCCAGAGUUGUUGCAGCCUCUAAACUUUGUUCGAUUUUAUCUCCCUCUGCUUAUACACCAACAUGAGAAAGUCAUCUAUUUGGACGAUGAUGUAAUUGUACAAGGUGAUAUCCAGGAACUAUAUGAUACCACCUUGGCUGUAGGACAUGCAGCAGCUUUCUCAGAUGACUGCGACUUUCCACCUGCUCAGGACAUCGACAAACUUGUGGGGCUGCAGAACACAUACAUGGGGUAUCUGGACUACCGGAAGAAGACCAUCAAGGACCUUGGCAUCAGCCCCAGUACCUGCUCUUUCAAUCCUGGUGUGAUUGUUGCCAAUAUGACUGAGUGGAAACACCAGCACAUCACCAAACAGUUGGAGAAAUGGAUGCAAAAAAAUGUGGAGGAAAAUCUCUACAGCAGCUCCCUGGGAGGAGGGGUGGCCACCUCACCCAUGCUCAUCGUAUUCCAUGGGAAACACUCCACCAUCAACCCUCUGUGGCACAUUCGGCACCUGGGCUGGAAUCCCGAUGCCAGAUAUUCAGAGCACUUUCUGCAGGAAGCUAAGUUACUCCACUGGAAUGGAAGACAUAAGCCAUGGGACUUUCUUAGUGUCCACAACAACUUAUGGGAAAGCUGGUUUGUUCCUGAUCCUUCAGGAAUAUUUAAACUCCAUCACAAUAGCUGAUAUAGCCCAACAUUUAAAAUAUUCCUGGUAUAAAAAUGUAGAAAUUUUGUAGCCUACUACAUUGCUCCUUAUGAACAGUACCUUUGAUAGCUGUGACCCACAAUGUAAGAA